AUGUCGUUCAAUUCAUACGAAGAACUUAGACAGAAAAUUGAUGAAUUUGAGAAAGUAGGAACUCUGCAAUCUACUGUCAUUUUUUCAGUUGACCGGUCUUUGUUACAAAAUGAGGAGAUCUAAUAAAUUCGAUCGGAGGUAUCGCGCACACGAACGAUUGGUUCUUCGAUAUAAAGCGCUUACCUUUGCCUGCAAAAAUUACCUUCGCAGGGAAAACCCCUGCAAAUCAAUCAUAGAUGCACGUGCCAUCGGCGAAUUUCUGAAUGUCACGCGCAUCUGUAUGACACACAACCACGAAGUCGUGGAAGAAAGCACAAUUGAGGACUCCAAUCCAGAGUGUUAGUUUCCUGCGGCAUUCUCACUACUUUCCUUACCAGGCUCUUCGGAAACGGAUACUACACACAUCUUCUCCAAGGUCUUUACUUCCCUUACAUUUGACUCAUUUGAUAAGCUUCAAGCCAAACUGAAAGAAUUCCAAGAAGUGAGGACACAGUCUUUCUUAAUGCUUCUAAAGGUUACGGGCGCACUUUAUGUAAUCCGCAAUUCGAACCGUUUCCCGGAGAACAGCCCAUAUCAUCUUAAUUUGAAAUAUCGCACUCUGCGUUACGCUUGCUACCAUUUUGGCAAAUACGAGAGCGGAGCUUCCAUCCGUUUGAACCAGAAGUUCUGCAUUCUUUCACGAUUUUUAUGCUUAGCAGGACAUCAAAACUGGAAUGCACCUCGUUCUUAAACAUCAGUGUAAAUAAUGGCUUGCUGAAAAUAGUCCGUUUCAACAUGAGGCAUACCCACCCAGUCACACCUGAGUUAGCGGCCCUUUAUCCGCGGCGCAGGAAACUGCAAAGUGAUUUCUCGGAGAAACGUCCUUUAGUGUCCUCAGCUGUUAAUUUGUGCUGUAAAGAAACUUCAACAGAAUCUGACGGAAUCCGCGCUAAUGAACCUCAAGUCGACUGUCCACUCACUCAAAACAAUCCACAGUCGCCCCAGAAGUCAAUCAUGCGUCUCCAGACCGCGAGUCCGGACUCGAGAACGUCUUUGCCAACUCAGCUUGACGAGACGCCCCUUAUUUCAAGACGGAGCGUGCCGACGACUGAAAAUAGGCUAGAAACAGUUUUAGAAGCCCCUUCGAAGGAGUCCAACACGCUCUGGACUACCACAAUAGGAGGCGCUCGAACCACCGAACUCCACUAGCCCCGGACUUCCGACAACCUUCGUGCGUAUGUGUUUUCUGUAGUCUUUUGCGAGCGGGCCACUCAUAAUGUCUUUGUUUUUCCCUAUCCCUCAGAAAUUUUAUAUGCAUAGAUCUAGGCUGCAGCUGUCAGUGCGGGGACUCAACUGAAACCCGAACGGCGCAUGGGCGACUAGUUUUGAGUUCAUUUUCCUGGCUAUCGUGUGUGCAACUUUAGUAGGGAUUACUUACCUGUCCUUUGCGUUUGGACUGCGACUUCCUAAUUCUCUAUAACUUCAAAAAUUUUAGACGAAGCAACUACAACGAAGUGGUUUUCUGGGGAAACGGACUGCGGGACCCCCUGA